AUGGAUAAUAAAAAAAAUAAAGAAGAAAUCUAUGAUUAUAUAGAAAAAACUAUAGAUCUUGAAAAAGAAACACCUACAACUGGAACUCCUAAAAUAAAGAAAUUACAAAAUAAACCAUCAUUACAAGGGUUAGCUCCUGAUAAAGGUGAACUUGCAAUUGUCUAUUAUGAAACACAUUUAGGUUCAACACAACAUACAGUCUCAACAUGUCCAAAUAUUACUAAAGUUAAUGUUGAUGAAGGUACUAAAUUAUUAAAUGAGAAAUAUAAAGAUUUACCCAAUUUAUAUACUCCAGUAUAUACACCUAGUAAAUUAUUUGGUGGAUAUGGAUUUCCAAAAAUAAAAUUUUCAAAAUUAAUUUUUCCAUGGGCAUCAUUCUUAUCUGUAUUUAUAUCAUAUUUAUUAUCAGCUUCAACAUGGUAUUUUUGGUUUUAUCAUCAAAAUUAUAGAUUAGUUAUAAUACCAUUUAUAACUUCUUCUAUUAUUUCAUUUUUUGAAACUCCCACUAUGCUUGCAAAAUAUUUAUUUAAGAAAAUGAGGAAUACUUUUAUGUGGCAAAUAUUACCAAUGAGUAAUAUGAUGUUUCAUGCUACUCUACUUUUUAUUGCAGCUAUACCAAUUAAUCUUUUUAUUAAUAUGUUUAUUUUUAAAAAUAUUAAUACUGAUAUAUUUAAAUUACCAUUAUCGUAUUUAAUUGUAUCUAUUAUACAAGUUUGUUAUAUUAUACCAUGUAUUAUGUUUAUUAUAUCAUAUUCAAGAUAUGAAGGGGAAAUUUUAAAAGAAAGGACUGAAUAUGAUUAUUUGUAA